AUCUCGAUCAGAACCAUGGUCACCUCCGUUGCCUCUCUGGCCGCUCUGCUCGUCGUGACCGUGCUUAUCUACAAGGGCCUCAUUUAUCCGGCCGUUAUCUCGCCGCUGGCGAAGAUCCCCAAUGCGCACUGGAGUGUCCCCAUCUCCCCCGCUUGGAUGUUAUGGAGGCGAUUCCGGAUGCAAAAUAAUCGCACGAUCCAGGCGGCGCAUGAGAAGUACGGUCCGAUUGUGAGGCUGGGACCGUCGGAGAUCUCGGUGAACUGUGUGGAUGGAGGUAUCAAGUCUGUCUAUACCGGUGGAUUCGAGAAGCAUGAGUGGUAUCCGCGGGUAUUUGGGUCUCUUGGGACCGUUAGCAUGUUUACUAUGAUCGGGGCUAAGCCGCACUCCACACGUAAGAGGAUGCUCUCCAACAUCUACUCCAAGUCCACCUUGCAGACCUCACCUCACCUCCGCGUGGUGUCCAACGCAGUCAUCUAUGAUCGUCUCCUUCCGAUCCUGCAGGAGACCGUAGACUCCAACAAACCAAUCGACGUUCACGAUCUCAACCAAGGCCUGACAAUGGACUUCGUCUCGUGCUAUCUCUUCGGCCUGCAGAACGGCACAAACCACCUACGAGACCAUGCAUUCCGCAAACACUGGCUCCACAUGUACCUCUGCCGCAAGCCAUUCGAGUUCUACCACCAAGAGACGCCAAAUCUGAUUCGUUGGAUGAAAUGCAUGGGUCUGCGCCUGAUUCCAAAGUACUGCGACGUCGCCAACGACAUGCUCGAUGCGUGGGCGUUGGAUCUGUGCGGGAAGGCUGCCCAGUCACUGGCUUCGACGGAUCCCUCAGUCGAGCCUAUUGUGUACAAGCAGCUUAAGCAGAGCUUGGACAAGCAGGCAGCGAAGGAAGGUGGCCCGAAGACUGACCCUGUGGAGCAGCAGAAUGAUAUCGCGUGCGAGAUGUACGAUCAACUCACAGCGGGCUUUGAGACCAGCGCUGUCGGGUUGACUUACUUGCUCUGGGAACUGUCCAAGCACCCGGAAAUACAAGAGAAGCUGCACGAGGAACUGAUGUCCUUGGAUCCUCCGAUCCAGUUUCCAAAAUCUGCAGAGCUGCCCUCAGCGAAGGCGAUCGAUGGCCUGCCAUUGCUAGAAGCUAUCGUUACCGAGACGCUGAGACUCCAUGCGCCGAUCCCAGGUAUUCAACCUCGCGUCACGCCAUCUCCGUCGUGCUCUCUUGGAGGGUAUGAUAAUAUCCCCGCCAAUACGCGAGUCAAUGCGCAGGCUUAUUCGCUCCAUCGGAACCCAGAGGUGUUCCCGGAUCCUGAAACUUGGCAGCCGAAGCGAUGGUUGAAGGAAGAGAACUCGGUCGCCGAUCUUGAAGAGCGGAGACGGUGGUUCUGGGCGUUCGGGAGUGGUGGGCGGAUGUGUGUCGGAAGUAACCUGGCACUGCAAGGUCAGCUUGAAUCGUGUUAUUUGAUGAAAAAACUGGUAUUGAUUGUUCCUCCAGAGACGAAGCUUGUCACAGCAGCGAUAUAUUCCAAUUUCCGCACCAUGGUGGUCAACGAUGAUGACAUCGAAGAGAUUGAUGCUUAUACGGUCCACCCGCGAGCAGGGAAGUUGAUGCUGAAGUUUCUCUUCGUUUAG